GCCCGUUACUGGGGCGGGGCGUCGGCGUUCCUGGCCACUGAGAUCGCCUCAGAGGCCGGCUCACGAGCCUUCCAAUGCGGGACGUGGGCUAACGCGAGUUCUCCCAAUCGGUGCACGGCGCCGACCGAUUCAAACUGACAGCGGGUUGGAAAGGUCGAGAGCGGAAGAGCGAGCAAAAAGCGACGUGUGCGGUGGCAGAGACCCCCCCCCCCACAACGCCGACCGAGCCCGCAAAGCGACCUCUGCCCCGCCCCGGCGACAGCCCCCUGCGCUCUGGAGCGGCCGCUCGGGAAAGACUUGAGGGAUCGGCGGGAGCCACGAGGGAAAGCUGAGGGGAGGGAGACGCAGGAGGAGCGACGCGAGAGCCCGCAUGCUGAGGGCUGGGGGCUGUGCCAGGAAAGAAGUGAAGCCGGGGUCUCGCGAACUGGCAGAGAGGAGGAGGGUCGCGGGAGGGUUAAGGGAUACCCAGGCUCGCCUGUGGGAGAAACUGAGGGGGUUUCUGAAUCCUGAGGAGAGGAGAAAGAUUUCCACAGAGGAGACGUGAGUUGGGAACCUUAGCCCCGUAUCCGAGAGAGAGAGGAAUCGGAGCGCUCCGAGCUAGGGGGCUUGAGUAGGAACCUGCGGAUAAAAGAGCCUGUCAGCAGAAGCUACAGUAAUUGCAAAAGGAACUAAAGAACAGACGAUCCUUCAGAUUAGAGGACAGGAAAACUGUAGAGAAGUUCCCCGAGACACCUUGCAGUUUGCCUGCUCCUCACUUCAAACUCCUCUCCCUUCCCCCCGAAAGUUAAAGAGAAAGCCAAGAUUGUUGCUUCUCUCUUCCUACUCAAUAAACAUUACUUUUACCCUCGAACGGAAAAACAGAAAAGAACUCAUAUCCUUCUCAAGUUUUGGGCUUAGAAAAACUCGAGGCCUCACAAUUUGAUUUUUAGCCUGGGGGAAUCAAACUAGGGAGGGUAUUGCUCCAAAAUCCCACACCUCAUCCUUCCGAGACGCCAUGUCUACCAGCAGCUGUACUUUCAAGGACCGGCGCGUGUCCAUCCUGUGUUGCAAAUUCUGUAAACAAGUGCUCAGCUCUAGGGGAAUGAAGGCUGUUUUGCUGGCUGACACUGAAAUAGACCUUUUCUCUACAGACAUCCCUCCUACCAAUGCAGUGGACUUCAUUGGAAGAUGCUAUUUCACUGAAAUCUGCAAAUGUAAACUGAAGGACAUCGCAUGUUUAAAAUGGUGUGAAUUUCCUACUUUGGGGCAACUUGCCAGAGGUAGAAGAGAAUACAGAUGAAGAUGUGUUAGAUAUCUCAGCAGAGGAGUGUAUUAGAUGACUACAGUUAUGAUAUAUUCAAUAUGUAAUAUAACUUUUUCCUUUGUAAAAAAUAUAUUAAUGGACCAAUUUAAAAAUUGUUAGUAAGGAUUUGUCAAUGAUUUCUUUUUUCGGAAGACAAAAAUGGAGUAUUUGUUGAUUUAUUUAUUUGUUGUCUCAAAUUAAUUACCUGAGUUUAUUGAACCAAUGUAGUUCUUUUCUUCUACAUCUGCUUCUACUUCUACCCUUUGUCUCUUCACCCCUCUUCCCAGUAUAGAUGUAUUCUUAAAUCCGGGUAGAAAAAUCUUUUACAUGUCGCUCUGCUAUCUUCCAAUCUGGGCGAGUUUUUCAUACAGUUAGAUGUCAGAUGCCAUUAAUUUUACAUUCUUGAAUAAGGGGCAUUAAAUACCCACACCUUUAUCACCUUGCUUAUAUCCAUGCAUAGUCCAUGCAUAUAACCAUGCAUAUAAGCAUGUAUAUAUUUUUGAAGCACAGUUGGGAAGUAAAGCUUAGCAGGGAAUUUUUAAAAAUAAAAAUUUGGUUUCCGUGGGUACUGGUUAUCACAUGUUAUAUUGGCGAUAAAUAUGUUAAUAUGGAGCAAGAUUGUGAAUCAGCAAAUAAAAUAAAACUCUAAAAUGUAUGGAGAAAUCCUCUUGAUUCCUCAGCAUGAUGCUCAAUAAAUGAAUUUGUCAGAAAAUUUUCAAUAUGUACUAUUUACUAAUAUUAUUUAUUUACAUUCUUAUAAAGUCAUAUGGAUUUUGUAUUGUGAAAGCCAUUUAACCUCCAUCUUUAAGAAUUCCAUUCUCUAGAGCUUUCUCUAUAAAUAGAAAAUUUUAGAUUAAUUGUCUCAGUCCCAACACUUAAAUAGAAAAAAAAUUAAAUAAGUGGUUUGCUGAAGCCAUUGUACAUUAUAAAGGUUUUUUAAAUUUUGCUUUGUUUAACUGUAUUUGGAGCCACACAGGAAUAGGCAAAUGGGAUAGUGUUGGUUUCUUGUAUUAUGAACUGCUAAAAUCAAUCUGUCAACUUAACUUAUAUUUCAACCAAAGGCAUUUUGUCAGUAGUGAUACCAAAACAGACCAAGUUAUGAUUUUGUAAAUA